UUAGAGUGUUAAAGUUGUCGCGCUUUUCUUCAAUGCACCUUACCUUAUAAUAUUAAUGUUAUACAAGAUGUUCGCGUUCGCAAAUAAAAAUACUAUAUACGGUGUCCUUUUGUUCGUUUUGCUUGCCUUGACGCAUGCAACGGCCGAUGAACACUCGGUUAAUCCAGCAGUGCCACGAACGUGUUACAGUUGUGAAGGCAUCAAUUGCUUGCGAAUCUCACAAUUGAAUGCUACGAGCGAUUGCUUGGAUUUGUUGGAUUAUUGUGUGACAGUUUUUAGAGGAUUCACAGUAAUAGCUCGCGGUUGCUAUGAGGACUUGGAAGCGAACUUGCGCGAUAAAUGUGAUUUGAACGAUCAUCCGGAGUGUGUAAAAUGUUUCGGUAAUCGUUGCAAUGACAAAGGACGCGCCGAUUUCCAAUGCAUCGAGUGCAAGUCAAGUGAGGAUAAAAGAUGCGUCUCCGACACCAGCGCCCUGACCGCCGUGCAAUGUCCAGUGCCCACAGCUCAGAACUCUUACUGUUAUGUCCGCGAGUCCAAGGAGGAAGGCAUUACACGUGGCUGUUUUGUGCAUCAGCAAGAACAAGAGGAGUGCCUCAGUGAUGCACAGUGUUCCAUGUGCUUGAGCGACGAUGCGGUGGCUUGCAACGCAUACAAAUUGACCACAGCAGCUAAAUCAGGCGGCAGUAGUGGACUUAGCAAAGCCAGUGUCACAUCUACCGUUUCUUUUGUUUUGUUCGCUUUUAUUGUGCGUUCAUUAUAAAUGUGGGAUUGUGUUUUAUUUUUUAGUAGAAACUAAGUAUUCGAUAAAAGUAUUCAACACCGAAUUCUCGCGAUAAGACGGUGUUAUUAAAUUUAUUACCUGUUAAUCUUCAUAUUCUGAGAAUAAAGUAAUUGUAAUGACUAGACUUAUUAAGG